CGCCGUAGAAAUCCGGUUCUUUUCAUGCAGCAGCAUUGCAACACAUCCAAAUGAAUCCAUUCGUUUUAUGUUUGCUCGCUACUCUCUGCUGUGGACAAGAUUUCAGUCCCAGCUCGCCAUGCACCGUGAGAGGAGGCGGAACAGGAGAAUGUAUUCCGUUGUCGGAGUGCCCUCCACUUGCCCUGCAGAUCAAGCGAACUCUCCGUCGUCCGAGACCCUGUGGGUUCCGUGAGUCUGUUCCUCUCGUUUGUUGUAGCACGAAAGACAUCGAAAGACACCGACCUACAACGCCUCCCCCGCUCGUCGUAGAAGAGGCGACGACCCAAAAUGAACCCGGUUGUGGACUGGUGGUGCCAGAUGAUAUCACGGUUGAAGAGGACUCUUCCGGAAACAGGAGGCUGUCGAGGUCACCAUGGCCAUGGAUGGCAGCGCUCUUUGACAAAGACACAUACUUCUGCGGUGGCACUCUACUCGACCGCACCACUGUUUUGACGGCAGCGCAUUGCUUCACAGACGACACUAAAAGGGCCUCGGAUUACAAAGUUCGACUAGGCGUGCUGGCAGACAAUGAGGAAGCCAGCGACCACAGCGUUACCAUCGCGGUGAAGGACUUGAAGGUGCACGAGGUGUACCGAAAGGGUCGUUACUACGCGGACAUCGCCAUUUUGCUGUUGGCUGAGAGGGUCCCUUACAACAGAUUCAUCGCACCCAUUUGUCUUCCUCCCGCUAAGCUGAAACUGAGCGGAAAGGUGGUUGUGCUCGGCUGGGGACACACGUCUUUCGGAGGCCGAUACGCACGAUGGCUCCAGGAAGGCCGCGUCUCCGUCAUUGGAAAUCGGGAGUGUGACAUGGCCCUCAAGGCGUCCCCAAGCUACGUUACCUUUACGGAGGGUGUCAACGAUAACUUCUUAUGUGCCGUCAACAAUACUGGUGUCGAUGCCUGUCAGGGCGAUUCAGGCGGCCCGCUGCUCGCACUCGGUGAAGAUUAUCGCUGGCAGAUUGUGGGCGUCGUGUCCUUUGGAAUCAACUGCGGUGCUGGCUUUCCCGGCGCUUACACUCGAGUCACGACCUUUCUCCCUUGGAUACAACGCAACAGAGAUCAUUAAAAAAUCAAGCUCUU